AGUGGUGUUACGUCGGUUUAAUGGAUAAACCAAAGUUUGCUCAAAACCUCGCCGCCUAGUUGUACUCGUUUUCUUGUCACUUAUUUCUUGUGUUCCGUUCCCUACACUCGCGCUUUUCUCUGCUUUCACCAGAUCAAAAGGAAAUUCAAAAGAAAUAAAGAUCGUACAAAUAAGAAUCUUUAUUACGCUACUGAGAACUCUGCCCAGGAAAAAGCAGACGCAAUGGCCGUACAGCGGUUAGACAGAGGCGAUCUAUGGAAGAACAAGGCUCGCGUUUUGCAACUCCAGCUCAGGCAGCGCUUCAGGGUGGCAGUCGAUCGCCACCGUCCUUCAGUCCUUGCUGAUCGUUACUUCUCCUCCUCGGUUCAGCGCUGGCUCCGUCGCUUCCGCGACUUCCGUCGCGAUUCCCUCCCUUCUUCCUCCUCUUUCUACCGUAAAAAAGUGAGUAAAGACUUUGACGUGGAGGUGGAUUCAGCUAUUUUUCGAAUGCUUCAAGCUGUUGCGGUUCCUUUGAUUGGAAAUGUUUGCCAUGUUUUUAUGAAUGGUCUCAAUCGUGUCCAAGUUUAUGGCCUUGAAAAAUUACAUGAUGCUUUGCUUAAUAGACCCAAGAACAAGCCCCUUAUAACGGUAAGCAAUCAUGUUGCUUCUGUGGAUGAUCCAUUUGUCAUUGCUUCACUGCUUCCUCCCAGAGUUCUUCUUGAUGCUCAGAACUUGAGAUGGACCCUGUGUGCAUCAGAUCGAUGCUUCAGUAAUCCCGUGACGUCAGCAUUCUUUCGAUCUGUAAAAGUGUUGCCAGUUUCUCGUGGUGAUGGGAUUUACCAGAUGGGCAUGGAUAUGGCCAUUUCGAAAUUGAAUACUGGUGGAUGGGUUCAUAUCUUUCCAGAAGGUAGUCGUUCUCGAGAUGGUGGAAAAACUGUGAGAUCUUCUAAGAGAGGUGUCGGGAGGUUAGUUCUAGAUGCUGACAGUACCCCAAUUGUUCUGCCAUUUGUGCAUACUGGAAUGCAAGAUGUUAUGCCAAUAGGGGCCAAUUUCCCGAGGAUUGGCAAGACGGUGACAGUUCUAAUUGGAGACCCUAUAAUUUUUGAUGAUCUGCUUAACUCGGAAGAAGCCACAGAAGCAUCAAGAGGAAAAUUAUACGAUGCUGUCGCAUCCAGAAUUGGGCAUCAACUGCAGAAUUUGAAAGUAAAAGUCGACAAAUUAGCGCUCGAGCAAUCUAUCCGAUUAGAAAACCAUAGCAAAGAUGGUGCAGAACGAGCAGCCAAUAUCUUGCACCAGGUAGAUUUGGAUCCAUUUGGGUUAGGAAGCCAUGAAUAUAUUAGGUAUGAAUCCUUGGUAGAAGAAACCCGAACGAAGCUGAAUGAUAUGAGUCCCGAAGAAGCCACUGCAGAUGUUUAUACGAGAAUGGGAUAUUCUUGUGAAGGCGGGAUUGGUUCAAGGAUUCGCAGUUAUAUGGAUCCAACUGAAUUGAUGGGAUUCGCAGCGAGAGGCUUGCUAAUGAACUGCAGAUCCAAGGAAAAGUAUUCAGACACAAGUGACAUACGCCCACUGAAGACUUGGAAACAGUAUUUGGAAGCUAAUAUGCUAAAACAAUGGAAUACAUGUUAAAAUUUGGUGUUCGAAUAUGUAAAUAAGAAACCUUGAUAUUUCAGCAGUUUUGAUAUAUGCUAAAUAUAAAUUUCCAGCUUUUACUUCUA